CAUGGGGAACCGCAGCGCCGCCGGGGCCGCGGGGGCCGCGCUGCCGGGGCUGCGGGGCGGCGGCGCGGGGGCGGCGGCGCUGGCGGGCGGCGUGCUGCUCAUCGGCGCGGUGCUCGCGGGGAACUCGCUCGUGUGCGUGAGCGUGGCGGCCGAGCGCGCCCUGCGGACGCCCGCCAACUACUUCGUGCUGAGCCUGGCGGCCGCCGACCUGCUGCUGGCGCUGCUCGUGCUGCCGCUGUUCGUGUACUCGGAGGCCCAGGGCGGCGUGUGGCUGCUGGGCCCCCGCCUCUGCGACGCGCUCAUGGCCAUGGACGUCAUGCUGUGCACCGCUUCCAUCUUCAACCUGUGCGCCAUCAGCGUGGACAGGUUCGUGGCCGUGGCCCGGCCGCUGCGCUACAACCGCCCGGGCCGCGGCGGCCGGCAGCUGCUGCUCAUCGGCGCCACGUGGCUGCUGGCGGCGGCGGUGGCGGCGCCCGUGCUGUGCGGCCUCAACGACACGCGCGGCCGCGACCCCACGGCGUGCCGCCUGGAGGACCGCGACUACGUGGUCUACUCGUCCGUGUGCUCCUUCCUGCUGCCCUGCCCGCUGCUGCUGCUGCUGUCCGCGGCCACCUUCCGGGGCCUGCGGCGCUGGGGGGCCGCGCGCCGCGCCAAGCUGCUCGCCCGCGCGCCCCGCCGGCCCAGCGGCCCCGGCCCGCCGCCCCCCGCCGCCGCCGCCGCCGCCCCCGCGGCCGGCCCGCCCCCGCCGCCCCCGGCCCCGCCGCCAGCCCGCCGCCGACGCGCCCAGACCACCGGCCGGGAGCGCAAGGCCAUGAGGGUGCUGCCCGUGGUGGUCGGUGGGUGCCGGAGGGCGCGGCGCGGGGGUGGCGGCCUGGGCCCCCGGCUCCGCAGGCCCGCGCUCACCCGCCCCCGCACCCCCUCGCCAGGGGCCUUCCUGGUUUGCUGGACGCCCUUCUUCGUGGUGCACGUCACGCGCGCGCUGUGUGCCGCCUGCGCGGUGCCCCCGCGGCUGGUGAGCGCCGUCACCUGGCUGGGCUACCUCAACAGCGCCCUCAACCCGCUGCUCUACUCGCUCUUCCACGCCGGGUUCCGCUCUGCCUUCCGCAAGGCCCUGCGCCCCUGCUGCUGAGCGGCCCCUCUUCUUCACCCACCCCAGCUGUCCAGGAGCGCCCGCCCUGCCUCAGGGACCA